AUCACCUCACAUUGUACAUCACAAUUUGAAUACUAGCAUACAGAUAAUCGGGACACUGACAUGAUGUGCAAAGUACUGAUCUUCAGCUGUAUUUCAGUAGCACUGCUUAUGACUACUGCUUAUGGAGCAUCGCUAUCACCAGAAAAAUUGGAAAUUCUUCCAGCAUUAAUAAAAGAUUUAGAAAUACUGGAAGAAAGCAAGAACAAGAUUCAUGUUGUGCUCUACACACCAAAUGAGAUCAAGGAGUGCAGUCAGCAAACUCUGCAGUGUUACCUGGAAGAAAUGGUUAUGCUGGAGAAAGAAAUUGAAGAUGAGCCUGAAAUUAAAAAUGAAUUUAAAAAUGCUCUUCAAAAUAUCAAAAAGAACCUCCACAGACUUAAGGAUCUAAGUCCCACAGGAGGUGAAUGCAAGAUCUGUGAAGCUAACGACAAGAAAAAUUUUCCUGAUUUUCUUCAACAACUGACCAACCUUCUGAGAUCUAUGCAAAAAUAAGCAACUAAUCAUUUUUAUUUUUACUGCUAUAUUAUUUAUUUAACUAUUUAAUUACAAAUAAUUUAUAUAUUUUAUCCCGUGGCUAACUAAUAUGCUGUCCAUUCUGGGACCACUGUAUGCUCUUAGUCCGGGUGAUAAGACGUCUGUUCUAAGAUCAUAUUUGAUCCUUUCUGUAAGCCCUACGGGCUCAAAAUGUAUGUUGGAAAACUGAUUGAUUCUCACUUUGUCAGUAAAGUGACAAGUAUUUACUGAAAGAAUUUUUAAAAGUCUCUUCUAGAUGACAUUUAAUAAAUUUCAG